AUGACUGCUGUACUGACAGAUACAGGCCAGGUCAUUAGCAGCAGGCAUGGCCGCCGUGCCCUCCAAGCCCGGGUGUUGAACCUGAGACCAAGCCAGGCGAUUCAGGCCACCAUUUCUCUGUUGCAGAGGUUAGGCUUUUGUAUCAAUAUGGAGAAGUCUGUUCUCACCCCCACACAAUGUAUUGAAUACCUAGGCAAUGUUAUUAACACCAAGUUCAUGACUGCCUCUUUACCUGAGCGUAGACUAAUCAACAUUCGCCAAGGAUGUGCAGAAUUUUUGUGUAAAGAUGUUGCCCCCAUUCGAGAGGUGGCCAGGGUGAUUGGCCUCAUGGUGGCUGCGAUCCCAGCAGUGGAGUUAGGUAAACUUCACUACAGGAAGUUGGAGGGGGGAAAAAUUGCCGCUUUGAAACAGGAGUAUGGUAAUUUUGACAGGCCUUUGAAUAUUACUGCAGACAUGAAACUAGACCUUUCCUGGUGGUUAGACAAUGUGGACAGACACCACAGACACAUUUUUAGGCCAGGUACUGACAUCGAUUUAUUUACUGAUGCCUCCAGCCUUGGUUGGGGGGGUCAUUUGGGGUGUCAGAUUACAAGUGGUACUUGGUCCCUGGAUGAAAAGGAGCUUCACAUUAACAUCCUGGAGAUGAAAGCCAUUCUAUUCUCUUUGCAAGCAUUUGAACAUGAGCUGGAAGGUAGACAUGUUAGAGUUUUUUGUGAUAAUACCACUGCCAUAAACUAUGUCAAUGAAAUGGGAGGCACAAAGUCCAAGUCCUGUAAUGAUGUUGCUACCCAGAUUUGGGAUUGGUGUCUGGAACAUGACUCAUGGGUUACAUGCUCGCACAUACCGGGGAAGGACAACACCUUGGCUGAUGUAGCCUCUCGCAAGAUUAAUGACAGACAUGAGUGGAAACUCGACUCACACAUUUUUACUACCUUGUGUAAUGUUUUUGGGACACCGUCCAUUGAUUUAUUUGCCUCAAGGCUUAACAAACAGGUGCCUUCAGAAGUUACGUGCAGAGCAAGCACGAGGCUGGAUGGUGGUUCCUCUGUGGCCGUCCCAGUUUUGGAUGGGCAUGCUGCUCCAGUUGCUAAUAGACUUCCCACGUUUGAUAACGAACAGGAGGAAUGUUCUAACACACCCGUCCACAACAGAUCCACACCCCAUCAUGUCCCACACGAGGCUCAUGGCAUGCCUUCUGUCAGGGAAAACUUGCAGAAACGAGGAGUUUCGCCGGCGGCUGCGGACAUCAUACUUGCCUCCUGGAAACCAGGUACUGAGAGGCAAUACCGCCCACAUGUCCAGAGGUGGUCGUUGUUUUGUGGUAGACGGAAUGUCGAUCCCACUUCUCCAACUGUAGGUCACAUUGUAAAUUUUUUGACGGAAACCUUUGACAGGGGUGUGGGUUAUGAGUGUGUGAACACUGCGAGGGGUGCCCUGUCUUCUCUCGGCAUUGUGGUGGACGGAUGCAGGGCAGGAAAUCACCCUUUGGUCAUCCGAUUCAUGAGAGGGGUUUUCAAUCUUAGAACUCCUCAGCCCAGGUACACUGACACUUGGGACGUCCAACCUGUCUUAGAGCAACUAAGUACAGUUGGGGGCACUCUUAAACAAUCCAGACCAAAUUUUAACAUCAACAGGGUCACAUUCCAUCGUUACCCUAAGGAUCCACGAUUAUGUGUCUGUAGCACUCUCCUGAGGUACAUUGAUGUGACUAAAGAGCUUAGACAGGAUGAGAUGCACACUGAUGCCAGGCUCCUCAUUAGCUUCAUAAAACCCCACAAAUCAGUUUCCAAAGACACUAUUGCCCGUUGGGUCAGGACCAUUCUCCGCAUGUCCGGCAUAGACAUCUCAAAGUUUUCCGCUGGUAGUGUGCGGCCAGCAGCAGCUUCAAAAGCUGGAGUGGCGGCUGUCCCUGUCGCAUGCAUUAUGGCUAAGGCGGGCUGGUCUAGGGAAUCUACCUUUGCAAAAUAUUAUAAUAAGAACAUUGUGGCUGCUUCUGACCUCUUUCAGGAUGCAGUGCUAGAAUAA